AUCAUAUAUCACUUUCACUUUAGUUCAAACACUACGUCGCCAUUAAAAGCAACAAAAAGAGGAACACUUUUAUGGAUUAGAAUCUGCACUCAUUUGUCUGAGCAGAAAGUGGCGAAAAUGAAGCGUAUCUUUAAGUGGCUCUCGGUGUUCUUGUUUUUUUCCGAUCGUGGUGUUUAUUCAGACAGAGUGUCAUUGUCUGUGAAUGAGGGAGAUUCAGUCAUUCUACAUUGGUGUUCAAACAAACCAAGAAGAAGAGAUUAAAUGGUAUAUUAAUGACACUCGCAUCGCUCAGAUCAGUGGAGAUCUCAGUUAUAACUGUACAGAUGUUCAGUGUAAUGAAGGAACUGAGAGAUUCAGACACAGACUGAAGCUGGAUCAUCAGACUGGAUCUCUGACCAUCACAAACACCAGAAACACAGACUCUGGAGAAUAUGAACUAGUGCUCUUCAGCAGCAGCAGCAGUGAAAAGAUCUUCAGUGUUACUGUCCGUGGUGUUUCUGCUGCUGAACAAUAUAAAAUGAAGACAAUAUCAGUGAACAAGGGAGAAUAUGUUAGUCUAGAUCCUGAUGAAGUAAAAGAUCCAAAUGAUGUGAUGACAUGGUAUUUUGAUGACACCAUAAUUGCAAAAAUCACUGGAGAUCCCAAUAAAACUUGUACAGAUGUUCAGUGUGAACAUGGUAAUGAGAGAUUCAGAGAGAGACUUAUGGUGAGUCAGACUGGAUCUCUGACCAUCACAAACACCAGAACCACAGACUCUGGACCUUAUAAACUACAGAUCACCUGCAACAACAGCAGCUUCAGCAUCAGCAGAGUGAAGAGAUUCAGUGUUUCUGUCAUUGGUGAAAUUGCAGGAAUAAGUGCUGCUAUUGGUGGUGGUGUUCUGCUGGUGGCUGCAGCUGGUGUGAUUUAUCAGUGUUGCCACUGACCUACUAAAAAAAUCACCACAGAAAUAAAAUGAUCAUCUGUAGGAGACUCGUCCCCUAAACAGAACCAGACUCCCAAUGAAUCGUCCCCCAACCAGACUAAGACUGACGGUGAGACAUUAUUUUGAUGCUUUAUAUGAAGAUGGACACAGAAAAGACCUCAUGUGGAAAUUAUGAAGAGAAGAGCUCACACUGAAAUACUCAUCACUCACAGAGUAAUUGAUUUCAGUAGCCAGCCCUGUACCAAUAAAGUGAAAUUUGACCUAUAUUACAUAACAAUUUAAAUACAACAUAAAUAAAUAAAUGAUGCAUUAAAACAUGUAGGCUUAUAUUGCUUCAAAAAAGACUAACAAAAAAUAAAAUAAGAAACAAAGCAACACGUUACAACAGAACACAGAACAGUUACAGAGAACAGUUUUUCAGUAUCGAAGUUUAUUAAAGCUGCUAAAGUGAUUCAGACAGGAACAGUGAGUAAUUUGCUUCUUGUCAUUUGUACUAUAAGACCUAUUAUGUGUACAAGUAUACCUCACCAAGAAGGAGCAAUAUGACCAAAAAGUGCAUUUGACUUACACACAGCCUCAUAUGGGCGCUCUUCAUAGUUUGCACUACUGAUACUAAGUGUUUUACUAGUAUUGUUGCUGUUACUGGAAAAGACUUGAGACAUAAUGUUGCUAAUGUUUAUAACACUAACUCUUGUUCAUCCACCUUUAUCAUAAAACACUGGUUGACCAAAUAUGAAAUGGGAAUAGCACCAAACAAUCCUUAACCAGCUUGGUGUAGUAUAUGGAAAUGCAUUUAUUUAUUUUCCUAAGUUGGUUAAAUACUUUCCUUAGAGUAUUUAUUACAUUCAAAACCAUAACUGAAUGAUGAUACAGGCUCAUGUUGUUACUCUGGAGUUAAAUCUGAAACAUACUGAUGUGAUGUUUGUAACGAGGAAAUAUUACAGCACAAUUUUACACAAAUGUGAGUAUACAUGAUACAACAUUGCCAUUUGUACAGUAAUUGAAUAUUCAUGUUUUAUAUCUCUUUAUUGUUGAUUUGAAUGUACAAAAAUGAAACACAUUGAAAGUGUUACAUUCUGUCUUAUUGAAACUGUGAACCAAACACUGUGAUGUUUUAUGAGGUGCUGAUUAGUUUAUAUCACUGCCAACAAGUUUAUGAAGUAGCUGUGCAAGGAUUGUCCAAUGUGAAGUUUUUUCUUCUUUUGUGUUUGUAAAUCAUUGAAUUUAAUUCUGUCAGUGUGUUUGUCUUGUAGAAUAUUAUCACUUUUUUGGAAAAAUGGGGGGUGGGGGGUUCUUUAAACUUCUUUUAUGUUUUCUUUAACUUGUAUCACCCAAGAGAAAAUGUGCCUUAAAGUAAAAACCAGCUAAACACUACUUUAUUUUCUGAAACAAUAAACUUGUAAUAUCAAUGUCGGGCAGAGGUGUAAAAAAAAAAAAAAAAAGGUUUCCAUCUCUUAACACUACAAAGACAGCUCACCUAUCAAAAUAAACCACAUAACAAGAUUGGAGGUGUGUUAAUGCAAAUUUCCCUCCAGUUCUGUGUAAACUACGGCACCUUUCUAAUACAACGUUAUCGUGAGGCGAAGCAGAAGAGAACAAUGGAGCUAUAAUGAACACACGUUCAAAUUUUUAUUAGAGGUUGAAUUCAAAUCAAAUACUGGCAAACUGUCCAUACUACUUCUGAAUAGGAUGUCUAUUUCAUAAAAUGUAUGAAAAUAUGGAAAUGAUUCAGAUCACUCAAACCAUAUGGAGGUACCCUUAAAUGGUCAGUAAUGGAGCUUGGAUAUCAUCUAGUGAAAACGUGUGGUACUGCACCGAAACAAAAUCUUACCAAAAGCAAUAUCAACCUAAAAUUUGGAAUGUUGACAUUUUUGGCUUUUAUUUUCUCGCAGUUUAAGAGUAAAACAUGUUUUUUAAUAUAUUAUUAUAAAAUAUAAACAAUUAUAUUUUUACAUUUUCAUAAACCUUAACUUCACUUCUACAAUAAUCUGCCAAGUGUCUUCUUUAAAACAAGACCAACCUUAGGUCUAUAUUCCGAAGCAUUUUUGAAUUACAACCAUUAAAGUUUAGAUAAUGCAUUUUCAUGGGUGACAGUUAUUUAAACCUGUUUUUCUCAAAAUUCUGUUCCUGAAAAUCACAGCGAUCAGCCGCAGAUCACAACACAUACAUGAUUUACUCAUGCUGUGAGUCAAUCAAUGAAUCAAUCAAUGAUAAAUGAUUUUAACUGAUGCACUAUAUCUGGCCCGUUAGAGUUUAUUUGAGAACCCCUGCACCUCACCUUCACCAAUGUGAAUUCCAGGAUAGAGCACUAGACGGCACUCUCAUGUGGUACUGUCUGUAGAACACAUACUGUAUUUUAUUAUAUGAAAUAUCAGACAGUUUAUAAGGAAGGCACUCUGUGGUCAUUUGAUAAAAUAAAGCAUGUUUAUUUUAAUA